UGUCUUUCUCAUAUUGCUUUGCCUUGCCAGCCCAUACUCACAAAAAGAGUCUGAUCUCCUUUGCUUUUGGGCUCUCUCUCUCUCUCUCUCUGUGUUGGCAGAGAGAUCAUAUAUUCCAUAUCUACCUAAAUGGCUUCCUUAUUUGUCUUCUUUGCUUCCUUUUGAGGCUCAUCAUCCAUCAUCCUCAACUUGGUUGAGCCAUAUAGGUAUAUGUAUAUAUAGAGAUAGAGAGAGAGAUAGAGAGAGAGAGAGAGAGAUGCAGAGAUCAGCAAGCAGCUUAGUGAUUAAUGGAGGCCUAGGGGUGAGGUUGCCUGUUGGGUACAGGUUCCACCCAACAGAUGAGGAGCUUGUAGUUCAUUACUUGAGGAAGAAGGUGUUUGAUCUCCCAUUGCCUGCUUCUGUCAUUCCUGACCUUGAUGUUUUCCAAACUCAUCCUUGGAGUUUGCCAGGUGAUUUGAAGGAGAAGAGGUACUUCUUUAGCAAGAGAGAGAGGAAUAAUAAUGACAAUGGCAAGAAAAGAAAGAGAGUCAAAACUAGUGAUGGGUCUGGUUACUGGAAGCCUAAUGGAAAAGAAAGGAAAAUUGUGGAUCCAGUGAGCAAUGAAGUCGUCGGGUUAAAGAAAUCACUGGUUUUCUGCCAGUAUUCAACCGCCCACUUUGAGUGCAGCACUAACACUGAAACUGAAUGGGUCAUGCAUGAAUUCAGGCUCUUUGGAAACCAGAUAUCUAUGAAAGCCUUAAUGAAGGAAACAUGGGUUGUGCAUAGCCUGUUUCAGAAGAAAAGAAAGCCUAAAAGACAUGGUCAUGGUGUGAGAAGCUACGUUCAUGAUGAAGUGAUUGAUAGGCCAAGUUUGAUGGAUUUUAUGGUGGAAACUAAUGAUGAUCAUGAAGGUCCUCCUCAACCUGCUUCGCCAUGUUUUAGUGAAGUCACUGAUGAGAUUUCAUCACGCGGGUAUUUGUUAGCUCAUGAACAGGAAGAAACCAGCAGCACCAGUACUGCCAAUGACAACAUUAGCUUUUGUUCUUCAUUUUCAAGAAUGAGAAAUAAGAAUUAGAAGCAAAAAGAGAGAAUUAAAACGACCCAAUUAAGAUGAAUGAAAAGUUUGUAUUCAACUCUUUAUUACAUGAUGUGUGCUACUUCCUAUACCGCAUGCAUAUCAUUAUUUGGAAUGUAAUUUUUUUUUUCAUGAGAGAAACAAAGAAGAAGAAGAAAAUAGAUAAUUUUUUUUUUUUUUAUGGGUAGCACAUAGCAUCUUUCCACAUGGGAGGUACAU